GCGGCGCGCGCGCCGGCCCGGAUUGGCCGGCGCCUUGCCUCCUCCGACCAAUCACGAGGCGGGGCCUCUCUUGAGCGAGGCGCUGAUUGGUGAGGACGCGCGGCGGAGGCGAGAAAGGGCGGAGCCAACAGACGGGCCGGCGGCGCUGACAGUUGGGCAGGAUGUCGGCGAGGAGGCGCAUCGGGGACCCCGAGUUUUUGACCAAGAGGAUCCCGCAGAAUCCCAAAUACCAGCAUGUAAAAACUCGCCUUGACACAGGUAGCAGUAUGACAAAAUACACUGAAAAACUGGAAGAGAUCAAGAGAAAUUACAGAUACAAGAAAGACGAGCUCUUCAAGAGGCUGAAAGUUACCACGUUUGCCCAGCUGGUGAUCCAGGUUGCUUCUCUAUCCGACGAAAACUUAGAAGUCUCACCAGAGGAAAUUCAAAAGCUAGACGAAGGUGAUGCUACUCCUGCGGACACCAACCCUGAAGUCGCAGCGGAGACCAACGGCAAAGAUAGCCCCGGCGAGAAGCCGGCCAGUCCCAUCCUGUUCAUUAACAACACCGGGGCUGGCGAAUCCUAUCGUUCCACCUUACAGAGGUAUCGUUCCGGGGUGGGGGAGCUGGACCUGGGAAAGGAUGCCCCGAAGAAAACGGAGACGAGUUCCAGAGCCGAACCUUAUCCUGACUGCCCUUUCCUGCUGUUGGACGUGUGCGAGGGAACCGGGCCCGGCGUCACGAGAGCACUGCCCACCGUCAUCGGAGCUUAUUCCUACCCCAUCGCCACGCUGUCCAGAACCAUGAACCCUUACACAAACGACAUCCUGGAAUACAAAAAUGCUCACGGGAAAAUCAUCAUCCUUUACGACGACGACGAGCGAAUAGCCAGCCAGGCGGCCACCACCAUGUGCGAACGGGGCUUUGAGAACCUGUUCAUGCUCUCCGGAGGUCUCCGCGUCAUCGCUCAGAAGUUCCCCGAAGGCCUGGUCACCGGCUCGUUUCCCGCCUCCUGCCUGUCGGCUGGCCAACCCGGGAGCGCCCGGAAAAAAGCGACGCCCCGGCAGCCCCCGCCCCCACCCUCAGAGAAUAAGUGGAGAUUUACAGCAGAGGAUCUACAAAAGAUACAGUACUACCUAGAAGAGGAGCAGCUGCCUACAGACACAGCCAGCCGCCUCAGCCGUGGCUCUUCGGCUCGAGACUCCCGGGCCGUGGCUGUCAAGAGCAACCAGAACCUGCAGACCAACGCCUCGGCCGCCGUGGCACUCCCCGCUCGCUCCCUCAGCAGCAGCAGCCUGCAGAGCAAGCCGUGGAGAUAGGCCGGUGUCUUUUCCCCGCUCAAAAUAAAAGAGACUCCUGUUGCCGGGGGCCCUUUGAUCA